AUGGCCGCUAGCUUUUCCUACGCGCAAGCCGCCAAAGGCGUUGCCCCGCAACCGUCAGUGAAGUCUUCAGAUUCGACGAAUGCUGAGGCCCAGCCGAACGAGCAGAACACGGAUGAUGCCCGGCCAGAAGGGACAGAGGAUGCCCCGCAGGAAGAGCUCUCUAACGAGACCGAGAAGCCGACAGCCGAUGCCGGUGAUGAAUCGGAAUGGACGGUUGCCACGAAUUCGAAGGCCAACCCCUCUGGGACCACUUCCCCCGGCACCUCUUCGACCUCCACAGUACCCAAAGAUGAGGCCUCGAAUGCUGCAAAUGGUACUUCGGAAUCCACCUGGGAUAAGCAGUCGCAAGCAUCCGGAGCUGAGAAGCAGAGUGAUGAAGCCAAUGAUACCAAGGAGAAGAAGAACGCCGAGAAGGAGAAGAAGGAACCCCCAAAGGAGCUGAAGGUGGCUCCCCUUCCUGCCGUGAAUAUCUGGCAUCAGCGCAAGGAGGCACAGGACGCCAAAUCGAAGGCUGUCUCGUUAAAACCCAGUGGAUCCACUGCUAAGUCUGGGGCCUCUAAGACUGCCUCGUCGGCUUCUUCGACUUCGGGAGAUGCCCCGCAAGAACAGCCCAAGGGCGCCUCGAAAAAGAAAGCCAACGAUGCCGAGGGCCCCCGAGACCGGAAAGGGGCCAAGGGUCGGGAAGAUGGCUCGAACCUGCCCCCCGUCGGCGAUUCGACCCUGUGGCCUACGCCCCACGUAGCUCAGGGUGAAGAGAAGAGGAAGGCGCAGGAGAAGACGACGACCGACAAGCCGGAAAAGAGCCCCGCCGCUCGUUCUCACGGCAAGGAGAAGUGGAUGCCCGUGCCGUACGUGCCUAGCGCCGUCUUCAACACUCCUCUGCCCACUGCUGCACGCAGAGGCGGCAGAGCGGCUCGUGGUGGGAGGGAUAGCACUCGCAGCGGGUCUCACGGCGCUACCGGCGCCGCCGCUGAUAAGGCUGCCGCCGGACAAGCCGCCCAAGGCUCCGCAAAGCAAACUCCAUCUGUAGAGAGAGGACGGAACGAGCAGAAUUCGGCCCGUGCCAACUCCCUUCCCGCCCCCUCGAAACGGUCUAACAGCACUGAAGCCGGACAUCCGGACGCGCGUAAACCGACUACGGACAGAAGAGGUCCCAAGGGAGGUGACAAUGCCAACGCCGCGCCGGCUGCUAGGCACGGGGGCGAAGGGUUCCCGCGCCACCGGGACGCUAAGCCCUUCGCUCGGAAUCAGGAGGCCUCCAACAAGGGCGCUGACGCCAACUCUCGCAACCCCCACCUGUCCGUGGACUCUCAGAACGGACCCCGCCCGGGCUCGACCAACGAGCGUCGUUUUGAAAACGGCCCCAAGUCGGCGGACUUUGGCGGCUUCCACGGCGAUCGCAAGGAGAAGGACUUCCCUCGCGAGGGUCGCUUUGAACGGAACCGUGGCUCGCACCGCGGUCGGGGAGGCUACAGUGGCUCCCAGAACUCUCACUUCCCCAACAACCACAUGUCGCACCACACCUUCAUGCACCCGAAAUCCUUUGGCUUCAAUGACCGUCAGCGCUCGCAGCAACAUGGCAUGCCCAACGGGUCGCAGAACCAUCGGAUGCCCUUGAGAUCGCCGUCGCUGCCGAACUCGGCCGCUAUGUACGGUGUCUACCCCUUCCCCGCCGAUAUCAACACCAUGUACGGCUAUCACCCCAUGCACGCUGGUCCGAUGACCGCCGUUCCGUACCAGCAGUACAUGGAGCCCUUCUCUCUUAUGAGCAUGAUUACGAUGCAGCUGGAGUAUUAUUUCUCCGUUGAUAACUUGUGCAAGGACCUGUUCCUCCGGAAGCACAUGGACACCCAGGGCUUCGUGGCGUUGUCUUUCAUCGCCAGCUUCAAGCGCAUCAAGUCCUUGACCGAAGACUUUGAGCUUCUCCGCCAUGUCUCCCGCCAGUUGCGGAACGUUGACCACGUCUGCGGGGAAGAUGGCGUUGAUCGACUGCGGCCGAGAGACAAGUGGGAGCAGUGGGUCUUCCCCGUGGACCAACGGGAUCCUUCUGCGCAGCACGACGGUCCCUCGUUCGCGCCCAGUUCUGCCAAGUCCGACGAGCAUGUCAAUGGAACCACCAACGGCGUGUCCCACCAGCACCAGUCCAAUGGCACGGCUGAGUCGCAUGUCCCCAAGACGUCCUUGUCCUCUACUGCCCCGGAGUUCUCGCCGUCCAACGCCUUGAAUGCCCAGACCGAGGUUGCAAACCAUGCGGCUUAA